UUGUGAUACCGAAGUCGGCAGAAGUUGGAUCCGGGUUAAGUCCCAACCCUUCGCGGCACCUUCUGUCUUUCUCGACCCCUCUUUCUUCCCCUCGCGUUCGGCUUUGGUUGUACCCUACAUCUUCUCUUCCCUUUUCUGUAGAUUUUCGGUCAAUUUCUGUAUCGUGGGUGCUCGGCUUCGCAGAUUUCUGAUCAACGCUGGACCAGGGCACGCUUCGUUGCUCUAUCUGUUGGGAUAUUGUCUGCAUGAUAGGGUGAAUUCUGAGCCCUGUUGGUGCUCUACUUCUACUGAAGUUUAGCUUUCAAGAGGCCUUUACUGCUUUGAUUUGCUUCGCAAAGCCGUACUUCUCAAGCAUGGAACCAAUGGAUAUAGUGGGGAAGAUCAAGGAGGAUGUUUCACUUCCCAAAGCAACAAUGUUUAAAAUCAUAAAGGAGAUGUUGCCACCAGAUGUUCGUGUUGCAAGAGAUGCACAAGAUCUCCUUGUUGAGUGUUGCGUAGAGUUCAUCAAUCUCAUAUCGUCCGAGUCCAAUGAAGUAUGUAGCAGAGAGGAAAAAAGAACAAUUGCACCUGAACAUGUUCUUAAAGCAUUAGAGGUACUUGGUUUUGGAGAGUAUAUUGAGGAGGUCUAUGCAGCAUAUGAACACCACAAGCUGGAGACUCUGGACUCCCCCAAAGCUGGAAAAUGGAGCACCAGUGCUGAGAUGACUGAGGAGGAAGCGUUAGCAGAGCAGCAGAGGAUGUUUGCUGAGGCUCGUGCAAGAAUGAAUGGGACAAACUUUGCCAAACAGUCAGAGUCUGAUGGUAAUUAGGAUAAUUAAUCUCUUGCAGUUCAUAAUACAUGUUUAGAUUAUGUUGGUUGCACUUAAAGAGUGUGCCAGUUGCUCAAUGCUGCAAUGUUGUUUGUCAUGAACAGGCAUAAUAUGUAUGUAAUAGCAUUCCUUGUGUAAAGGCAAAAUGUAUUUCAUGCUUA